UUUCUUUCUUCUCUAGGCUGCCUCUCUGUUUCCCUGUACUGUCUAGAAUCCCUGUGCAUUCUACUCUCCUCAAAACAGUUUUUCCUUUAAUGCGCUGACUCUUCUCUGUGCCAGAGUUGCCCGAAGAGCAUAGAGUAACUGCUCAGCCAUCUUGGGUCUCGCCUUGUCUUUUGAGUCUUGAAGUUUUUUUUCCCAUUGGCCUCUACACACCUUCAAACAUUUGUAACGCCCUUGCUGGAGGACGUUUCUGCCCCAUGGCAGAGCAGUGAACGCCGGCUGGGACUACAGGACCCCCCUUGCCAAAGUGUACUGAAGAUAAGCAGAGUUUACCCAAAGUUUGAAGGCUUUGUACUUCGGUGAACCAUGUGUGCAUUAUUCAUAGAAGCCUUGGGAUCUAAACUUUCAGUUGCCCUUACACAAAGUUUGUCAACUGAACUCCUUAUCCUCUUGGGGCUUGGUCUUUCCGGUUUGGUUCUUCUUUCUCUAUGGAAUGGAAACAGUGUCAAAGGGAAGCUCCCACCCGGCCCCACCCCGCUCCCAAUUAUUGGAAAUAUUCUACAGUUAAAUCCUAAGAAUAUUGUCAAGUCCUUAAGCAUCCUAGCGAAAAAUUAUGGCCCUGUGUUCACUGUAUAUUUGGGCAUGAGGCCCACUGUGGUGUUGUAUGGAUACAAAGCAGUGAAGGAAGCUCUGAUUGAUCCAGAAGAGUUUGGUGGUAGAGGGAGUUUCCCAGUGAUGGAUAAAGCCAUCCAAGGAUUGGGAAUUGUUUUCAGCAAUGGGGAAAGAUGGAAGCAAACCCGACGUUUCUCCCUCAUAGUUUUGAGGAAUAUGGGGAAGAAAACUAUUGAAGACAAAAUUCAAGAGGAAGCUUUGUGUCUGGUGGAAGCAUUAAAAAAAACAAAUGGUACUCCUUGUCAACAGUCAUUUGUGAUCUCUUCCAUCAUUUUUCAGAACCAUUUUGACUACAGUGAUCAGAAAUUUCAUGCAUUGAUUGAAAGUUUUCAUGAUAACCUCAGAAUUUUAAGUACUUCCUGGAUACAACUCUGCAAUGCUUUCCCUGCUUUACUUUAUCUCCCAGGAAGUCAUAACAAGCUCUUUAAAAAUAUUGCUCACCAAAAAAAUAUUAUUUUGGAGAAAGUAAAAGAACAUAAAGAAGCUCUGGACCCCAGUAAUCCUCAGGACUUUAUUGACUAUUUUCUGAUUCAAAUGGAAAAGGAAAAACACAACAAACAGUCUGAAUUUACCAUGGACAACCUGAUCACCACUUGUUGGGAUGUGUUUAGUGCAGGAACAGAGACAACGAGUACCACGAUGACAUAUGGACUUUUGCUCUUGUUGAAGCAUCCUGAGAUCUCAGUUACAAUCCAUGAAGAGAUCCAACGUGUGAUUGGCAGGCACCGAAGCCCCUCCAUGCAGGAGAGGAGCAGAAUGCCCUACACGGAUGCUGUGGUACAUGAGAUCCAGAGAUAUAUUGACAUCCUCCCCAUCAACAUGCCCCAUGUGGUGACUAAGGACAUUCAGUUUAGAGACUACUUUAUCCCAAAGGGCACAAAAAUCUUAACAUCUCUGAAUUCUGUCCUGCAUGAUGAGAAAGCAUUUCCCAAUCCAGAGCAGUUUGACCCCAGCCACUUUCUGGAUGCAAGUGGUAACUUUAAGAAGAGUGACCACUUCAUGGCAUUUUCAGCAGGGAAACGAGUUUGUCUUGGAGAGAGCCUGGCCCGUAUGGAGCUGUUUUUAGUCCUGACACACAUUCUACAGAAUUUUACCUUGAAAACUCUGGUUGACCCACAGGACAUUGACACCUCACCAGCUGCAAUUGGGAUUGGCUCUGUACCCCCACACUAUGAGCUUUGUUUCAUUCCGGUUUGAAGAAAGGGCAGGCAGCCAGACAGCUGAGUGGGAGUCUUAGCUGUCUCCCAAUGGGCAAGUGUCUCCUUCCCUGUGUUCCAUCCAUCCUGCACCCUUGUCUAAGCAGAAAUGCCACCCCUGAACCCUGCUUCUUCUAAUUGCCCUAUCCUUUAUGAUCUAGUUCAAAUUUUCCUUUGUUAAAAAUAAAUCUCACUGCUUUAUCUCCAAUAAAAUCAUUAAGCAACAGGAUACUUAGGCCACAGACUAUAGCACACUUGUAAUAUAUACUAAAUGGAAAGCAUGUGAUAUGUAAUGCUUUAUUUUAGUAGAAGUUGUUCCUACUUAAACAAAUGUUCAGAAUAAAAUGUGAACAUGGCUCAUUUUA